AAUGACAAACAAAAGUGCAAUGACAUACCAAUAGAAAAUGCAGUAUUAUAUAAGUAUAUACUUCAACAACUCUUUCUAUUAAAUAUUUUUAAUAGGCCAUGAAUGUACUUCCCUACGCAUUUCAAUAUGAUCUCCUCUGUGAUUGGUCAGACUUGUCAUGAAUAUUCCAUAGACCCGGAAGUGGGGCGGUACUGCUGUUUUGCUGUCGAGUCACCUCUGUCAGGAUGGAGGAAAACGAGCUGCUAUCAUGCUGAAAAACGAAGGAUCCCGACAACCAAGCAUCAUCAACCGGGAUAGUUAGGCAUAAGUCACCGUUUAUCUUGACUGCUGUAUUGUUUUCUGUAACGCUUUUGCCAAAAUGAUGGAAGAAAUCGACCGGUUCCAAGUACCUCCAGUCAACGGAGAAACACAGCCUUUGGACCCAGCAGCAUCCUCCACCUCAGAGACCGACCCUGACACCAAGGGAGAGACUAUGGCCAUGAACUACAAGCCCUCACCACUGCAAGUCCAAAUAGAGAAACAGAGGGACCUUGCCAGGAAGGGAUCAGUGAAGAAUGGCACUGUGGGAAGUCCUGUCAAUCAACAACCCAAGAAGAAUGCCAGGACAAGGUUGGUGGUGCCAAACAAAGGCUACUCCUCUUUAGACCAGAACCCAGAUGAGAAGCCCCUGGUAGCACUGGACACUGACAGUGAUGAUGACUUUGACAUGUCCAGAUACUCCUCAUCAGGAUACUCCUCAGCCGAGGUGAGAUGUCUGAGGGACCAGCAGAUCAACCAGGACCUGAACAUCCAGCUCCUAAAGGAUGGGUACCGGCUCGAUGAGAUCCCGGAUGACGAGGACCUGGAUCUAAUCCCCCCCAAAGCAGUCAACCCCACCUGCAUGUGCUGCCAGGCUGCUCCCUCAACAGCCUGUCAAAUUCAGUAGCAAACCCCCCCCCCCUCAAAAAAACAACAACAAAAAACAACAACAACUACUGACCCGAGUGGCAGCAAGGAGGAAAAACUAUCGACUGGCAGUGGCACAAAGGGAAAUUAAGAAAUGGAGACAGGUCAAGUCUUGAGAAAAGAGUCAAUAUGUACAGUAUCUUUGCACGUUCCUCCUAUGGUAGGAUCUGUGCAUCUUACUUGAUUGAUGGCAGAAACAUUACCUCUAAGGAAAACAUGUUACUUUUGCUUCUUCUUCGUUUGACUUCCAUUUCAUGCUUGGGGAUAUUUUGGUUUACAAGGACCAUGAGGGAUUGUGCGACAUUGUGGAAGAACGCAAACAAAAUCGGUUGACUGGAAUGAAUGCAUGACAAGGUGACAUUGCUGUGACAGUGCAUCAUCCAUUGAAUCUACUUCUUCUACUCGUGUGUCAUUGACGGUCAGAUUCGAUAGACAAGAAGAGAUUGGGAGUUUUGUAGUGGCCAUUUUUUUUUUUUUGUUCUCUCUUUAUCCUUUCUUUCAGCCAGUCUGCUUUAUCCUUCGGUGUAUAUACAGUAUGUGUCAAACAUGAAAAUGACCUGUGUGUGUCUAAAUAUGUCCAAGAAAGUAGUGCUAAACCGUCAAUCUGCUGACAAAACACUAAUGCUUACACUCACUACACUAUAAGUUAUUCCAGUUUUCUUUUUCAAGUUUGUCUGUUAGAGUACACCAUGGCUGUACUGCUUUAUUAUUUCAAAUUCAGUUAAAAGAAGCUGAAAACAAAUAGUUUUGCAUGUUGCCUGUUAACGCUGUGUCCGAAUGACCCGCUUGUGCAGAUGAUUAAUCACUUUUUAUUGAAAUCUAAACACAACCUGGUGCCGAUGAGACAUUAUGUGAGGCGUUCUUUUUAAAAAACGUCAAGUUAGUAAUGUUUAGGUUCACCCACUGUAAUAUCAGUAGAUAUAGAGAAACUAUUAUUAGAAACUGCUCAUGAGUUAGUGCAAACUUUCUUCGUGUUUGUCCAUGUUAGCCUCAACAUGAGUGGAUGUGUAAGAGGAGCACAAAGCACUCAUCACCAGUGAAUGUGGUUACAAAGUAAUAAUAAUAAAAGGUUUAGAAUAUGUGCAAAUACAUAGAAAGUUGUGCAAUUUUGGCCGUACCUGUUAUGGAUUCUGAAGAAUGUUCUGAAGAAUCUAUAAAGUGAUUCCUUAUUGCCUGGAUGGAAAUGAAAUGGGAUUUUUGUUUUCAUAAAAAGACACAAGUUUUGUUUUAAGUGUAUUUGGUUUGUAUGGUUGUACAUCUGCGCAUAUUCCCCUAGAGUUUUAAUAUAACCAAUUUGUCUGAACUGA